GUCAUGAAGAACGAGAAAUCUGCAAGUUGCAAUAUUGGAAGAGAAAAUGACAAGUUCUUUAUUAACCUCAAGCAACGGAUAGAAAGAUUUGGGAUUGAAAUACCAAGUGUGGAACUCCGAUUUGAGCAUUUAAGUGUUGAUGGGAAGGCUUAUGUUGGGAGCAGUGGCCUGCCCACUCUACCCAAUUUUACUAUCAAUUUAUUGCUGGGAUUCUUGAAUUAUCUCCGAAUUACUCCGAUUAGAAAGAAAAAAUUUACCAUACUUCACGAUGUUAGUGGAAUCAUCAAGCCAGGAAGAUUGACAUUACUGUUGGGUCCCCCUAGCUCAGGUAAGACCACAUUGCUUCAAGCUUUGGCUGGAAGACUUGAUCAAGACUUGAAUAUUUCGGGGAGAAUUACAUACAAUGGUCACAGAUUAGACGAAUGUAUUCCGCAAAGAACUACAGCGUAUGUAAGUGAAUACGAUGUUCAUUUUGGAGAAAUGACGGUUCGAGAAACUCUCGUUUUUGCAGCAAAAUGUCAAGGCCCCGGAAUUAGACACGAGAUAUUAGCGGAACUGUUGCUAAGGGAGAAGGAAGAUAACAUUACAACUAAUCCAAAUAUUGAUCUUUACACCAAGGCUUCACCGGUUAAUAAAGAGGCCGAUAUGAUUGCUGAUUAUAUUAUGAAGAUUUUGGGACUGGAGAUAUGUGCUGAUAUGUUGGUAGGUGAUGUUAUGAGAAGAGGAAUUUCCAGUGGCCAAAAGAAAAGACUUACUUUAGGUGAGAUGCUAGUUGGUCCAGCUCAAGCAUUUUUGAUGGAUGGAAUCUCGACCGGAUUAGAUACUUCCACAACUUAUCAAAUCAUCAAUUCUAUAAAAAAAUCCGUAGAGACCUUCAAAGGGACUGCCCUUCUUUCUCUUCUCCAACCAGCACCGGAAACUUAUGCCUUGUUUGACGACAUAAUACUUCUCUCCGACGGUCAAAUUGUUUAUCAGGGUCCUUGCGAGAAUGUCCUCGAGUUUUUUGAAUACAUGGGGUUCAAAUGUCCCAAAAGAAAAGAUAUCGCAGACUUCUUACAAGAGAUAACAUCGCGAAAAGACCAACCAUCGUAUUGGGCGAGUAAGAAUGAUCCAUAUAGAUUUGUCACGGCAAAAGAAUUUGCAGACGCGUUUCAAUUGUUUCACGUUGGUCGGAGACUAAAGGAUGAGCUUGAGCUUGGGUUCGAUAAGGCCAAGAGUCACCCAAACACUCUAACAAAGAAAAAAUAUGGAAUUAGUAACAAGGAACUCUUCAAAGUUCUUGCAUCAAGAGAAUACUUAGUCAUGAAGAGAAACUCGCUCAUUUACAUAUUCAAGAUGGUUCAGCUUAUCAUUAUAGCAUUGAUCGUCAUGACAAUGUUUCUACGAACUCAUAUGCCAAAGGAAACUAUACUAGAUGGUGGUAUCUUCUUGAGUGCUCUAUUCUUGACCAUAAUGAUAAUGAUGUUUAAUGGUUACAUUGAACUCGCGUUAAGCGUUUUGAAGCUUCCGGUGUUCUUCAAACAAAGGAACUCGUUAUUCUUCCCGGCUUGGGCUUACUCAUUACCGAUAUGGAUUGUCAAAUUUAUAGCCAGUUUCGUAGAAGUCGCCAUUUGGGUUGCCUUGACUUAUUAUCCUAUUGGAAUGGAUCCAGAUAUCAGAAGGUUCUUCAAGCAGUACUUGCUUCUUGUAUGUAUUAAUCAGGCGGCAUGUGGAAUGUUCAUGUUCUUGGCCGCGGUUGGAAGGACGAUGAUCAUUGUAAACAUGAUCGGAACAUUUACGUUGCUUUUGGUAAUCGCCCUAGGAGGUUUCGUGGUGUCACGAGUUGACAUUCCAAGGUGGUGGACAUGGGCUUAUUGGUUAUCACCUAUGAUGUAUGGUCAAAAUGCCAUAGCAGUAAAUGAGUUCCUUGGCAAGAGCUGGAGCAAAAUUUCUCCUAUUUCUUCGGAAACGUUGGGGGUUGAAUUGUUAAAGAUUCGCGGGUUAUUUCCCCAACCCUACUGGUAUUGGAUCGGCGUAGGAGCUACAUUUGGAUACGCAAUUCUAUUCAAUGUUCUUUGCACUUUGGCUCUAACUUACUUGAAUCCUUAUGGUAAGCAGACAAAUUUAUCUCAAGGGACAUUCGACGAAAGAAACGCUAACGUUCGAGGAGGACGUCUCCUUGAGUUAUCGUCCGUUAGAAAGGACGUCAAGAUAUGUAGCAACCUCGGUUUUAACCAGAAAAAAGAACGAGGAAUGAUUCUCCCAUUUCAACAAGUUCACAUGACAUUCGAUAAUAUAAGUUAUUCUGUUGAUAUGCCGCAGGAAAUGAAAGCGCGCGGAAUGUCGGAAGAACGGUUGGAAAUUUUGAGAGGAGUAAGUGGUGUAUUUAGGCCGGGAGUCCUUGUGGCGGUUAUGGGCGUAACGGGAGCCGGGAAAACUACCCUUAUGGAUGUUUUAGCGGGUAGAAAAACAGCGGGUUAUGUCAAGGGAAAUAUAACGAUAUCGGGUUACCCAAAAAAGCAAGAAACCUUUGCUCGAGUUGCGGGAUAUUGUGAGCAAACCGAUAUUCAUUCGCCUCAAGUGACGGUUUACGAGUCCUUACUCUAUUCCUCAUGGCUUCGGUUACCUUCCGAAGUCGACCCGGAGACCCGAAAGAUGUUUGUAGACGAGAUUAUGGAGCUUGUAGAGCUAAGACAACUAAGAAACGGGCUCGUGGGGUUACCCGGUGUAAGUGGUCUUUCGAUUGAGCAACGGAAAAGGCUUACCAUUGCGGUCGAGCUUGUGGCGAACCCUUCCAUUAUAUUCAUGGAUGAGCCAACCACGGGGCUUGAUGCUAGGGCGGCUGCAAUUGUUAUGAGAACCGUAAGGAACACUGUGGAUACGGGACGAACCGUGGUUUGCACCAUUCACCAGCCAAGCGUUGAUGUCUUUGAUACUUUCGAUGAGUUGUUUUUAUUGAAAUUAGGCGGAGAAGAGAUAUAUUUUGGUCCGCUAGGUUGUCAUUCACGAGAAUUGAUCAACUACUUCGAGGGGAUUGAUGGAGUUGGAAAAAUUCAAGAAGGGUACAAUCCCGCAACUUGGAUGCUAGAAGUGACUACCACGACGCAAGAAGAUGCACUCGGGAUUAAUUUUGAGGAUUUAUACAAGAACUCGGAAUUAUACAAGAAAAACAAAGCAGUUAUAGAGGAACUAAGUAGGCCAGCUCCGGGAUCAAAAGACCUACAUUUCGGGUCCAAAUAUUCACAAUCGUUGUUUACGCAAUGCAUAGCUUGCCUAUGGAAGCAACAUUUAUCGUAUUGGCGAAACCCGACAUAUACCGCGAUGCGUCUAUACAUAACUGCUGUGAUGGCAGUUAUUUUGGGAACAUUGAGCUAUAACUUGGGAACUAAAAGAGACAGGAUACAAGAUAUCUUUAAUUCAACCGGUUCAAUCUACGUCGCUGUUAUAUUUCUUGGCACGAGUAAUGCCACGUUAGUGCAGCCCGUCGUCGACACCGAAAGAACCGUCUUUUAUAGAGAAAGAGCAGCUGGAAUGUAUUCAGCUUUUCCUUAUGCCUUUGGACAGGUUGUCAUUGAACUUCCUCACAUUCUAUUUCAAACUAUAGUAUAUAUAUCGAUAAUUUACCCGUUGAUGGGGUUCGAAUGGACUGUUUGGAAGUUCUUUUGGUAUAUAUUCUUGAUUUACUUUAACUUACUUUCAUUCACAUUCUACGGGAUGAUGACCGUUGCAAUCACUCCUAACCAUAACAUCGCGGCCAUUAUUGCGUCUGGAUUCUUCUUCCUAUGGAAUGUCUUCUCUGGCUUCAUCGUUCCUAAAUCCAGGAUUCCAAUAUGGUGGAGGUGGUACUAUUACAUAUGCCCCGUGGCGUGGACCGAAUACGGACUUGUCAUAACGCAAUACGAUAAAGAUGGUAUUUUGGAGGACGGUAUUCAUGUGAAACAAUUGUUGGAGAUUUACUUGGGAUAUAGACAAGAUUAUCUUCCCAUUGUUGCUUCUAUUGUCUUUGGAUUUAGUAUCAUGUUUGCUGUCAUAUUUGCCUUUGCUAUUAAAGCUUUCAAUUUCCAAAAAAAAUAACAAUACUACCAUUCACUUGAUUAGUAUGAA